AGUUAACCAAAAGGAAGUGAAGUUGUAGCCUCUGACCUUGAUGAACUUACUAGACUAUGCAGGCAAGUGGACAAUAUCAGUGGGGCGGCCAGGGCUCUAAUUUGACAGUUGGAAUCCCUACAACUGCAAUGCCACACACAAUUUUUAUGAAGAGCAGAUUUUCUCCUGGCACUAGAAGUAGCUCAGUGAUUGCAGAGGAUACUGUCAAAGAGAACAUGGCGAAACAUCAAAAAUCCAUUCUUGAUAGCCUUGAUCCAUCGCAACUAUAUUCAUUGCUUGAUCAGUUUGAGCUCGAUGAAGAAUGCAUGGAUGUUCGCUUAACAAGACGAAAAAAAGCAAAGCUCCUGUACGAGGAAGUAAAAAAUAAAAGUGCGUACUUUGAUUUUCUCAGUAACCUUGAGGAGGACACAGAACACAUGGGGCACUGGUACAUUGUCUCAUUGCUUAGGGGCGUUCAGUUUGCAGCAGAUGAAACAAUACUAUUAGAUUCUGAGAUAAUACUUGAUAAAAUACAGAAGAAUGUAAAAAUGGUGGUGAAGGAGCUGGAUGUAACGGAUUUGGAACCGUAUCUUAUAGAAGAGAAACUUGUCACUGACAAUGAAAGAGAGAAGCUCCGAAAUCCACAAAACACUAAACAAGAUAAAGCAAAGAUGCUUCUAACUAUUCUCAAGACCAAAGGGCCAACUGCACACUCUAUAUUUGUUCGAAAGUGUCUUAGUUCAAAGGUGCAUACUGAUCUGAAGAAGUUUUUACUAGUACCAAGAGACUCAAUGAAGAGAAGGGCAUCCACGGACGCGACAUCAUUCAGUGAAAGUACAAGUACUACAGCAGUCACCAAACGAUAUCCAUCCUUCUUAGAGACACCUAAAGGUAUCACAACUUACAGCUACAUACAAACAAUGGCAACAAUUAGAGAAAAACACCAAACAGGUGGUCAAGCGUCGUGGACGGCUGCAGAAGAAAUAAUACAACGAGAACUAAUGUCUCCAGAAAUAUCUUUGGAGAUGAAAAUCGCUCUUCUCUUAGAGAGCUGUAAUCCGUAUGUUUUAAGUAAAAAAUCUGAAGAAGUACUUCUUAGAGUGAAACGAGCCAGGAAAAUGUGCACACAAUUGUACGAUCAGGAUAGCAACCCACAAGUUUUGGAGGGACGAUGUGAGUGGGUCCUAUCGCGGCUAUACAAGCUCCUUGGGGAUCUUCACGAAUCAAGGAAGCACCUUGAUACAGCCUUCAGCUUAAUAGCGAACUGUGAACCAGGAGAGGAAAACAUGCUAGCAAGCUUCAUGCUCGGCUGCAUUCUCCUAGAUUGUGAGAAUAAAUCAAUAGGAGAAGAAAAACGAACCAUAAACUCGUUUAAGUUUGUGCUUAGUUUAGCAACCGAACAAGAUUAUGGAACGAAAAUUAUUCAGUUUUGCCAGAUUCGUCUUGCUCAGGCCUAUGUUGGAUCGUCUGUUCGUAGCCCUGGGAAGAGUACAGAAGAAGUGUCUCAGGUGAACAGAGAAGAUGCUAAGAUAUUGCUGAGGGAAAUUGAUCAACAACACAUGCGGCCCAGAACCAGGUGUCUCUAUUUCAUGACAUGCUCAGAUGUGUACAGAACAGAUGAUAAAAUAGAGAAAGCCAGUGCAUAUGCUGAGCAAGCAAUGGAAAUAGCACAGGAACAUAAUUUAACGCAUGAAGUUGGAUUCAUAAAACUUAGGCAAUUAAGCUAGGAUUCUUUAAUAGAUAGGUGACAAUGUCAAACAACUAUGCUUUUCAUUAUUCAUUUCAUAUUGGGUUCAGUUCAUAAUAAUUAUUGCUUUCACAGGGAAUUGGACAAACAAACUUGUUCAGUAAAACUUGAAUUCUCUGUGUAACUUGGCUGUGACCACAUUUGUAACCACAGUAUUAUUGACCUUGAAUUGCAGUAUUAUA